AUGACGAGACCUCACAUUAUUCGCGCUGACACUAUCGAUCUGCAAAACCCCGACGCACCCUCAGCGAAGGACCAUAGCAGGGCGCCCAACGGCUCGUUUGGUCCGCACCAGGCCGAGACUCUUCGAGAAGUCGCCCAGGAAUCCGCCGAAGAUCAAGCGCGCAGCCCGAGGCUAUCCUGGACCAACGCCGACGACGACGACAUCUCGGACCGGGACGAUCUCGCGGGAGAGGUCUCGAGAAAGCUCACUGGGGCCACAAUGGACGACGCGAGCAGAAGACAACAGCAGCAAGAUGCGCUGGCUGUCGCACAAAAUGGAGGUGUCUCGGACGACGGAAACAUGGACGACACCGACGAGAGCAUGGACGACGACGACAUGAUGGACAAGAUCUCGAGUUCGCCCUCGAUUGAAGAUGGUGGGUACACUUCGAUUAUGCCUCCGCAAUCAUGGCCGCGUAGAGUCGACUCUCUACCCGCCAUGAGAGAUCACGGCUCCCCCGUUUCCCCUUCGUUCAGCGAGGCAAGGUCCUCUUCUCCUUAUACCGAGUCCCUCGAAUACCUUCCAGCACACCUCUCUUGGCAGCAUAGCAAGGCAUCUGCCAAUACAUCAACCCAUCAUCAUCUUCGCGCGAAGUUUGAUCUCCAGAACGUUGCACAGCAUGGGCCGAUUGUGGUUCGUCCGCUUCGCUUGCGUAAAGCUGGAGAACCAGACUACGACGACUUCGCGCAGCGGCGUGCAGAGAUGGAGAGGGCAGAAAGAGACGAGGCAGCUGGUGGACUCGACGAUGACGGCAUCCCGCUUACGAUCCCAUACGAACCCUCUAUUGAUGAUGAAGAUGAUGAUGACGGCGAUGUUUCUCUUGUUGAUGAUUCUAGAUUUAUUGCCUGUGGCUGGGGCAACGAGUGCUUACACGAAGCAGAGGACAUCGAUUUCGAAUUCGUCUACGCGUUGCACACCUUCGUUGCGACCGUCGAGGGCCAAGCAAAUGCCACCAAGGGUGACACCAUGGUGUUGCUGGAUGACAGCAACAGCUACUGGUGGCUGGUCCGUGUGGUGAAGGAUAGCAGCAUUGGCUAUCUGCCGGCAGAGCACAUUGAGACGCCAACCGAGAGACUGGCGCGCCUAAACAAGCACAGGAAUAUAGACGUAGUCGCUCCCUCCAUGGAAGAGAUGAACCUUUCUGACUUAGAUCAGCUUUCCGCUACAAUGCUCGGAGAUCAGUCUGGGGAAAAGUCCAAGAGUACGUUCAAGACUGCUCUUAGGAAGAAGAAGAAGACGGUCGCAUUCGCCGCCCCGACUUUCGUCGAUUACUCUGACUAUGACUACUCCUCGGACGAGGAUGCGGUUGAUGAGCUGUUCUCUCAACAACAGGGUGCUGCUCAACAGCAGCAACAGCAGCAACAAACGUCGCAGCAGUCGACAGAGGAAACGAUGGAUGAUGACACGGCCAAGGUUGAGCCACUGAAGCCUAGAACAACGAAGGAGGUCAACGCUGCGGAACCGACGAAGAAAGAGGAGGCACCAGAGGAUGACUCGAAACGCGACAGCGGCGAAAUCUUUGAGAAACCAGAAGGUCCCAGCAGGUCGAGGAACGGCACCGUCAGGAACACCGACUCUUUCUUUAAGGACGAAACGGCCGAGACCAAGAAGAUCACGCUUACGCCUAACUUGCUUCGUGACGAUAGCGGCUCGCGACCUUCGACAACGGAAAGCGUCCAGGUCAAGCAACGGCCAAGUCUGGAUAAGAUGGAUAAGGAGCUGCAGCCGGAUAGGAAGGAGGAUAAGAAGAAGAAGGACAAGAAGGAGAAGGAGAAGAAGACGAGCACCAUUCGGAGUUUCUUCUCGCGUAAGGACAAGAAGAAGACCACGGACGACGACGAUGAGUCUUUUGGCAAGAGAUCGAUGGAUAUUGUUACAGAAUCCCAGGACCGGGAGAGUCGCGAGAGCCGUGAGAGUCGGGAGGAGGAGCUCAAGGAACCGUUGUCCCCGAGAGGCGAUGGUCCCCAACGAAGCGCAAGCAAGCUCCAGAAGCAACAGCCGAGGGUCGAGCCGUCUCCUGCGAGGGUCAACGGGGCUGCAACGCCACAAAAGUCUGCCACCAGAGAACUCUCAGAGUUCAUAUCCUCCGAAGGCCGCCCCAACAACGUCUCGAACGUACCCCCUGCUUCUAUGCGCAUCGUGGAGGAUGAUUCGUCGGAUCCAGAGCUCUCCGUUCAACAGCAGCGGAUCAAGUCCCCCGAGACGACUCGGUCACCUCCCCAAGAAAAGUCGACCCUGUCCAAGAUCAUCCCGUCGAGGAGUGGCAACAGUGAACCCAAGCCGCAAAAGGUCACCAAGGCGAAGUCUCGAGUUGAGCUUGACGACUUUGACUCUUCUGGAGAGGAGGUUGAGUCUGCCGAGCCACCCGUGCAGCAGCAGGCACAACAGAUUGUCAAGGAGGAAAAACUGGAACGGCCUUUGCCUGGCGCGUUCCCUGACAGCUACAUGAGCAACUUGAGUGCUGCCAGCGCUCAGACUGACAAGACAAUCACUCCUACGCAAACUCAACAGCCUCAGCCUCAGCCCACCGCCGCAGAACGCGAAAAGGAAAGACUCUCCGAAUCUCCCGUGCAAGUAUCUCCGGUCACUUCGCACAACCCUCCUGCGCUCAUGGUGGAUACUUCCAGUCAAGAAGGCCACUCGACGUCGCCAUCACCGGAGCUCAUUGAGGCUGAGGAGGCAGGCAGACAUCGUGCGCAAGAUUCGAUGACUGCCAGCUCGACGUCUACGGGUGGCAGCACUACCGGUAGCAGCUGGAAUGAUGCAAAGCUUCGGGCCUUUUUCGAUUCGAGCUCGGAUAUCCGAGAUAUGCUGGUCGUUGUUUACGACAAGAGCGAUGUGGCGCCUGCUGGGCCGGAACACCCCGUCGCAGGCUCUUUGUUCCGCGAACAGAAUGCCAAGUUGGCGGAAAUUACAACACAACUUGAUAACAUGCUUGGCGACUGGCUAGCACGCAAGCAAAGACUUCGAGGCACUGUUUAA